UAACCCUAGCAUGGUGCUGAACAUCGACCUGGCUCCGACCAUCCUGGACAUCGCCGGCCUGGACACGCCUGCAGACAUGGACGGGAAGUCCAUCCUGUCCCUGCUGGACACCGAGAAGCCUGUGAACAGGUUUCAAGUGAACAAGAAGCCGAAGCUGUGGAGAGACUCCUUUCUGGUGGAGAGAGGGAAGCUGCUGCACCAGCUGGUGGAGGGAAAGGAAGUGUCUCAGGAGGAAAACUUCCUUCCCAAACACCAGCGAGUGAAGGACCUCUGUCAGACAGCCGAGUACCAGACGCCCUGCCAGCAGACUGGACAGAAGUGGCAGUGUGUGGAGGACGCCACAGGUAAACUCCGCCUCUCCAAAUGUAAGAAUGAAGGCGGAGCAGCAGCUAAGAUCUUCGGGCGUCAGCGUCCUCUCAGCAUCAAGUCUCAGAAGUACAGACGUAACUCUGAAGACUGUGACUGCGACCUCAGUGACCUCCGACCUCUGAACCCGAGACCCUCCAUGAUGAGGCCGUUCAACAAGAAGCCUUUCUUCUCCAAGAAGAAGUUCAAAACCCUGAAGAGUUACUCCAGGAACCGUUACAGCCGCUCGGUGUCCAUGACGAACAGUUACCCCGGUAACGACAGCAUGGUGGGAGGGGAAGAGUGGCCUCAGCCAAUCAGCGACGAGGAUGAGUUCAGCGGAAUGGGGGGAGAUCCCAACGGCGUCUCUCUGCCCAACUCACACAAGGUCACACACAAAUGUUUCCUUCUCCCGAACGCCACAGUGAAGUGUGAUACUGGAGUGUAUCAGUCUCUGCAGGCCUGGAAGGACCACAAGCUGCACAUCGACCACGAGAUUGAGACGCUGCAGACGAAGAUAAAGAACCUGCGAGAGGUCAGAGGUCACCUGAAGAAGGCCCGGCCGCUAAAGUGUGACUGUAAUAAGUAUCUGUUUAAGUCCAAACUGAAGAAUAAGCUGAGGUUCAGAGGUGGCGGGCACCCCUUCAGGAAGGGCGGCACUCGGGACAAGAAGGAGUGGAUUCUGAAGGAGCAGAAGAGGAGGAAGAAGAUGAGGAAGAUGAUCAAGAGGAUCAGAAACAACGACACCUGUUCGAUGCCCGGACUCACCUGCUUCACUCACGACAACCAGCACUGGCACACUGCUCCCUUCUGGACAUUGGGUUCGUUCUGCGCCUGCACCAGCGCCAACAACAACACCUACUGGUGUCUGAGGACGAUCAACGAGACACACAACUUCCUGUUCUGUGAGUUUGCCACCGGCUUCCUGGAGUAUUUCGACCUCACCACAGACCCAUAUCAGUUGAUAAACGCCGUGAGCUCUUUGGACCGGACCGUCCUCAACCAGCUUCAUGUGCAGCUGAUGGAGCUCAGAGCCUGCAGAGGCCACAAGCAGUGCAACCCCCGCACACGCUCAAUGGAGCCGGGAGGGCGAGACCAUGGCAGCUUUGAUGACUACAGAGAUGUUGAGAGGAAGAAGUGGCCGAGAAUCAAGAAACCUUCGUCAUCCCGAACCCUAGGUCCUAUCUGGGACGGCUGGAAGGGCUGAGCCUCCUGAUUGGUCGGAGCAGGGCGUGGUCGUUGAGGCAACACCUUCAGUCAACAACCACACCUACAUCUCACCUGUCAGCCAAUCAGCUUCUGCCAUCUCUGUGACAUCACUCUGCCCUCCCACCCUGCUGCUCAGGGACUCCCUGGGACGAAGUUCUCUUCAUCAGCUGAUCCCUCCUCCUCUUCCUCCUCCUCUUCCUCCUUUACUCCUCUGAGGAGGCUGCUAAAGGGGGAGGAGGAGGAGGAGAAGGGAGACAAGGAGGAGAGGAGGAGAGGAGGACAUCUUGGUUGUGACAACAUUUGUAAAUAUUCUCCACUAGCAAGUUAGCAACAGUGUUCCCCUUAUGAGGCCAUUUCAUUCCUUUGAGGCUUAUUUUCUUCAAAGUAGCAGAAAGAAAUAUGGCAGCAAAAUGUGUGUUUCAUUCCAGUGCAGAGAUGUCUUUAUUCCUUCAAGAUAUAGAUACGUGUUUCUGGAAAAUCCUUGAUACUAGUUUAUUUAUAUUGGAAACAUGUUAAAACGGUCACACUCGUUUUUAGAAAAAUUCAAUUGAAGGACUCAAGUUAAGAGCGAAAGGUCUUAAAAACCUCCUGUCAGCUCGUUUGCUGAACACAAUGAAGCCAACACAUGUUUUGUGCACUUCAGCCACGUGUCCGCUAUUUAGACUGAAAAAAUGAAUAUCACAUAUUUCUUCUCCACAAUCAUUGUGCUUUUCUUUGCUCUCUGUGGCUCAAAUGACUGAGGUUUUCUGUUUCCAGAGCGCCUCUUUGACAAAUAUUAGUUAACUAACUAACUUAAAUGUAUGUUCCCAAAGGCUCUCCUCUUAAUUCAGUCUAAAAAGUUGACUAACACGAGUAUAACUCAUCUCUGCUGAGUCCAACAGUCAAAUAUGUCAUUUACGUAUGAAACAGAGUUUAUAAGACUCCAAUCUUCCUCCUCCUCCUCUUCUUCCUCCUCUUCCUCCUCCUCUUUGUCAGAUCACCUCCCAGCGGCCAUAUUUGUUUGACAUGUCCAUAUUUAGUGAUUCUCACCGUCUUUAAAGACAUUAAAGGACCAAUCUUGUUGUUAUGGUUACUAAACUCUCAGACUGAAGCAGAAACACUUCCACGUCGAACACUGAGACCUCUCUGCUGAUGUCCUCUCUUUUAUUUUGUAUUUCUUUAUUUUUCUUCCACUAACUUGAGUGUUACCGUGUUACCAUGGUGACCGGCGACCUAACUGACGACAGAGCUCCGUUGUAUUAACCCGGUGACUGACUACAGUACCCAUGAUGCAACAGGGCAGCCCUGAAGAAAAGCGACGACGAGAACAUUUGGGAUUAAAAAUCGAAGGAACAAACAAGGAUUAAAAAAAAUAAAAAAAUAGGAUGAAAUACUUUGAGAGAUCUCUUGAUGUCUCGUGACUUACAAAAAAAAGGACUACAUGGUGAUGUCAUCGAGAGCUUGUGUUUACCCAUAUUACCCUUCAAACAUUACCGUCCAAUCACUUCCUUCCUCCUCAUUCACUUCCUUUCAGCUGGUUUUUACUUCAGAGUUGUCAUUUGCUGUCACAUCCAGAGUUAAAAUUACGACCUGUAAUUUAUAAAAUGUGAAAUAUAACCAUAGAAAAACACGACUGGAUUCACACAAGAAAUGAACGUAAGAUUUAAGAUUUCGAUUUUUGCACAGAUCUGGUGAUUUGAGAUGGGAUUUAAUCCUCUUGAUGUUAAAAACUUGAAUAUAAAGAUGUUUGUCAGUGUUCACAUCACCGCUCAGACUCUCUUACACUGUUACAUCCUAACUUCCUUUCCAUCAUGUGGUUACAUGUUGUAUUAUUUCUGUGCCACUCUGUCUUGCUUACUGCUGCCUCUGUUUGUGACUACAGUUCCCAGAAUGCCUUUCAGCAGAGACGGUGUCAGAUUCUGUAUAGUCUUUUUAUAACUGGGUGACAUAAAAACACAGUAGUUUUCUGCAGGUAGAUAAAAGGUGCACUGGGGAAUACAAUUUAGUUGGAGUUUGGUAUCAGCAUGUGAUCUGAAGCGGCUUUACUGAUUGGCCGAUGAAGUUACUGAAUCAUGUGGUCAGUAAUUUAAAUACUGCUAUUACUGAAUGUCAUGCUGGAUUAUUCUGGAGUUACCUUGAUCAGUACUUUCUGUGUGGACAAGAGUCGACCAUGAUUUUGUAUUUAAUACACAUUAGUCAGUUUAAGGUGAUACUUCGGUUGGUAUAAUGUAGUGUUUAUUGUGUUAAGGGCACACAUUCAGGUGUGAAGGGUAAUUGUUUGGGUACGAAUGAUGAAAAUGAGGGGACUAAAUACACAAACAUGUGACUUUAGGGAUUAAAUACUCCUUUGCUACUUUGAUAAAUGUAGGCGCAAGUGUUAAUACAUUCAUGAAAAUACAGCAAGUAGUGUGUUUUGAACCUUUUCUGUACCGCAUCUGGUCUGUUCCGCUCAUAUGUAAUGUACUUCUGUCUGUUUGAUCACUGAGUUUCCACGCUAGAAAGAAAGCAGCAACUCUUUGAUUUGGAUACACAGAUAAACAUUUAUUAUGUCUUAGAUCAUAUAUCAAAUCCUAUUUUGACCACAUGUUAAUCUAAGGAACAGGAAACACACGUCGCUAUAGAUGUUAUUUUCCUUCUAACAGUGUAAAAGUGUUUCCGGGUGAGUUCUACUUCCUGUGUGAGUGCAGCCAGUCUGCUGUCUAUAGAGAUUUUUUUUUAUUUUAACCCCAAAUGAUCAUAGUAUUUGCUCUGCGGUGCUAUUUGCUGUCUAACAACUAUCUAGGAAAAAAACCUCCUGGUUGUGUUUUGAAUGUAUUUGUAAAUGUUUAGGUGUGUUUUCUAAAGACGAGCACUAGAAACCGUUCUGGACCAGCUGAGAAACUUCAGAUCAGAGUCCUGGUUCUGAAAUGGACACACACACACACACACACACACACACACACACACACACACACACACACACUGAAGGACAAACUGCUGAGCACUUUGAUUGGAGGAUGGAGGGAUGAAUGGACCAAUAAAGGGUUCACGGUGAAGCGACGACACACGAUGUACAGCCAGUUAAUCCUGACCUAACACGCCUGUACAGUCACCACUGACCUGGAUACAGUGAUUGGUUUUAGUUUGUGAAUAAAGUGUCGAAUGUCAAAAUGUACCUA